UGUGUGUGCUUGUCUGCGUAUGUGAAGAGGGUCCAUGUUUAUCUGUUGUUUGAUCCGUGUUGUGAUUCCAGGCGUUCGAGUGUUAUUGUUUGUAAUGAACCUAGCCGCCUUGGUGUUGAUUUGUUCUAACCUAUCAAUGUUUCUGUGUGUGAGGAUCCCACACCAUGGAGCAGUAUUCCAGUGUUGGUCUCACAAGUGUGUCAUAAGCUAUGUGUUUAAUGUCAGGUGUGCAGUUAUGUAAAUUCCUCCUCAGGAACCCCAGUGUCCUGUUGGCUGUGGCACUGAUAUGGUCUAUCAAUGUGGGAGAGUGCUGAGUUAAAGUCCACUCUGUAGUCAGCAGCAAGGAAGGAGACUCAAGACCAAGGCUAAGGCACCCAGCCCCAAGGUCUUGCCCAGCCCAAGGCUCCUGCUGGGUGGCACAGGCUGUGGUGGUAUUUGCGGGUGCUGUGGUUGGUGGCAGUGUUUUGGAAGGCAGCCUAUAGUAUACAAAAGUCUGCCAUUGCAGCCUCCAAGUCACUGUGAGGCAGCAUGGAUGGCCAGCGGGUGUGCGUGUUCUUCAUCCAGCACAAGGGCCGGCAGUGCAGGAUGCUGGUGAAGGCCGGCCGCAGCUACUGUGGCCAACACCUGGUGGAGGAGCCACUUGACCAGGCCACAAACAGCCAGCACAGGAGGAUCCCCUGCCCUCUGGACCCCAAGCACUCCUGCUUUGAGCACCGCCUGGAGCACCACCUGACCAUCUGCAAUGCACGGGUGGUGACAGACCUCCCCCACCUGAGGAUGAACUGCAACCUGCGGGCAUGUCCUGGGGAGGGGCCGCCCAAGGUGGCCCUCUCCUCCCUGCCUGAUGAUACACUGCUUACCUUCAUCAGCAAGAUAGAGAGGAUACAUGCUGACGUCAUCGGCAGCAUCAAGGAGUCGGUGCUGCACCUGGACUCCGUGGAGGCGGCGGUGGCGGGGUGCUGCGGCAGCCCCAGCAUGGUGCGGCACCUCAAGCAGACCUCCUCCCUGUUGGCCCAUAUGAAGGCGGCAAACCUCCUCGACACGGCCACCAACCCAACCUGCUACGUAGAGUUUGGGGCAGGCCGAGGACAACUCACCAAGUGGUUGACGGAGGCAGUGACGGACACCAGCAAGGCGCUCUUUGUUCUGGUGGACCGAGGGGCACAGCGCUACAAGCAUGACACCAAGCUCAAGUACAAUGACAAGAUAAAUGUGAAGCGAAUUCGUGUGGACAUUCAGCAUCUCAACCUGGAGGGUGUGGAGGGCAUUGACAACUACAGGCACAUUGUGGGCUUUGGCAAACACCUGUGUGGCAGCGCUGCAGAUAUGGCUCUGCGGUGCCUGUGCCAGUACCAAGGGCCAGGGGUGGAAGGGGCAGUGCUGGCCCUUUGCUGCCACCACCGCUGCACCUGGGACUCUUACUGUGGCCUGGAGGUACUUCAGGAUUUGAGUGUGUUGCCCUCUGAGUUUUACAUUCUGACGGCGCUUUCCAGCUGGGCAACAUGCAACCCUAAAGGCGUCCCUAGCAAAGAAGAGCCACCUGCCGACAGCCAAAAGAAUGACUCCUUUGAGACAAGUGGAAGUCAGGAGCAGCAUCCUGAGACCUUAGCAACCAAAGAAACAGUCAAGGAGAAAAAAUUCAUGGAAAACCGGUACACCAGGCUAAAUUUAUCAGCCAAGUACCGUGAAGAAGUUGGAAGGAAGGCCAAGCAAGUUUUGGAUUACUGCCGGAGACAGUACCUACGUGAGCAAGGCUUUCAGGCCAACCUUGUGCUCUACGUCACUGAAGAGUCAACUCCUGAGAAUGUAGCUCUCGUUGCCAAACAUGAACCAAGGUAACUUUGUAGGAGGUAGGAAAAGGAAUUUAGGGGUUUCAGAGAACUUUUACAGAUCAUGUUUGUACUUCACUGCCAUUCUAUUUCAUCCUGUUAAUGCCUUUGAAAUGUUUGUUAUUAACCAGCUUUAGCAAGUAGUAUAUUAAAAACAAAUAUUUUGAAUAAUUUUAAAGAAAAAGGUUCAGUAUUCUAAUCAAGGGUAUUAAUUUCACAAUGACAUUUAGGAACACUGAAGGUUGUCAUCAGUAAUAGUAUUGAGUAGGCAGAAACAUGGUCACUGGAUCAGCAACACUGGUGCCCAGCAGUAAAGACCACACACAUGGCUUUAGAAAGUCUACGAACCAUAGUACUUCCAUUUGAAACUGGCCGGUGGGGUGUUGGCUGCUGUGGGGUCACCCUCACCCCGCACCUUGCCACACACCCACAAGAUUGUUUAGUUUUUAGAAUAAUAACAAAGAUUUUGUAUAAAUACCAUGAUACUUGACAAUGUUGGAAUACAAUGUUGUCAAGUGUUGUGAUAUUUAUACAAAAUCUUUGUUAUUAUCCUUAAAACUAAAAAUCUUAACACUAUAUGACCUUAGUGGAUUAUCCAAUUAUCUAAUGAAAUUUAUUUAAAGGUAGAAAAUACCUGACAUAUGAGAAGAAGUGAGAGGUGCUGAGGGUGUGUGGCAAGGUGUGGGGCGGGGGUGACCCCGCAGCGGCCAACACCCCACCGGCCAGUUUCAAAUGGAAGUACUAUAACACAAAUAUUGUAAGGUAAAGUGUCAUGAAUGACCCUUGUCGUUGGCAUAUUUUUUCAUGCAUGAAAUUUCACAAAUGUUAUAAGUUAAUAUUGAUUUAAAAUUAAU